ACCGCCGGUCUCGCGCUUCUAAUUGGGCGUCGCGGUCAGUAAUAUCCAUGUUCUUUUACGACCACCACAUUUCUGCUUCAAUCUGCCACGGACACUCCCUCCGCCCGUUUCCACCCUUCAUGAAGAGGAGCAGCCUGCCACCGCCUGUCGCUGUUCAAACGUGGAGGGAAGGACAAGUUGCUAGUCCGGUGAUAUUUUCAGCUUUGCCGACAUAGUUAUUGCAUUCUCAUCUCGGUGCUGCACCGACAGGGAGGGUCUGUGUGUUUCUCCAGGAGCCUUCCAGACCAGAGAACGCGGUUGAAAGGACAAUAAAGAGGAAGUGGUCAUUCAACACAAGUGCAAGCCACUGGACUUGGCAGUAAUAUCAGGCUUCACACCGUAGGAGGGAAUGAAACCGGAUGGGGUUAACAUGGAAACUACAGAGUCCACUGAAGCUGCAGAUGUAGCAGAGCCGUCCUCAUUGCAGGGCAACCUAACAGAGCAAGUGUCAUCACAACCAGAGGCAGCUGCAAGUGAUGCAGCACCUGGGGCUGUUCCGAAGGCCGGUGUCAAGCCAGUGGGCACAGACUCCAAAGUCAAACCAAAAUCUGUUGCAAAUAAAACACAGCCCACAGUCAAAUCUGCAGGGGCUUCUGGAUGCAGCUCACAACCAGGUAAUUCCUCACACCGCACAGCAAAUGGUGUUAACUCUGACAAGUUUUCUACACAUGCAGUCAAGAAAACUGUAACAACAGCAGCAGCAAAAGCGUCAGCGGUGGGAGCUGUACCUAAACAACCAGUGGGUACUGCAGCAUCCUCCAACCCAGUCAAGAACCAAACUAGAGUGCCUGACAAGAAACCUGCUGGACCUACCAGGAUUACCUCUGCUGCUGCUGCCACAGUAUCAAAGGGUACCAAACCAACAACGGUGAAUGGCAUCUCUAAGAAGAGACCAGCAGCUGAGGCUGUUAAUGUAGCUAGACCCAAAACCACAGGUGCUACCAGCAGACCAGUUGCUUCCACUGCCCCCAAACCCAGCACUUCAACCACAAAAACUGGCACUGCUGCUGUUCCAAAGACCACAAGGCCUGCUACAGGUCCCUCAACAUCUCGACCUGCAUCCACCACAUCCAGGCCCACUAAAACCACAACCAAGCCCUCCACCUCUGCAACUGUUAAAACUACUGCUUUUAGAGUGACCACAGCAGUCUCUACUGGCAGGACCACAGCAGCACAGUCUCCAAAACCUACUGCAGCAAAGAAAGAUGUCAGUCAGCCACCACCUGCUGCAGUGGCUAAGAAGCCAGCAACAGCUACAGCAUCAGCUGCUACCAAAAAAUCUGAACCCUCUAAUCCCCUGACAUCCAUGAAGUUCAACUCGACUUCCAAACUGUCUGCAACUAUGAAGGCAGCAGACCCUAAGCCGUUACUGUCCAAAACUCUGCCCUCUGUGAAACCUCCCACAAAGAAACCUGCAGCUGCUGUUCGGUUCCCUGCCCUUAAGAAACCGCCCCUUGGCCGAACUCCACCUCCUUCUCCAGCCAACAAAUCUGCAAACGGCAGCACCUCUCAAGCAAAACGUCCCACUCAGGCUGUCGCACCAUUCAGUGCCAUCAAGAAGACAGGGGUUUCAAAUACUACUACACCUGCUGUAGAAGAACAGAGUGCUACUGGUGCAUUGGCAGCAGCUGUCACAGCAGCAUCUGAGCUACCAGAAGCACAAGCAGAGGCUACAGUGGCCUUACCGCAAGGAUCAUGCCCUGCUGCCUCUGCAGAAGAGGUCCCUCCCACAGUGUUGGCCCAGGAUUCCCCACCAGCGGUGGUACUUCAGGAGACUGUGCAGAGCCAUGCAGCUGCUUCCUCUCCUCCACGAAGUCCUGUCAGGACAGCUUUACCACAGACAUGUCCACCCCAGGAGAAGCUAGAAAGCAGCACUUCCUUAUUUACAGUGCAGGAGCAGAUCCAUGCCCAAUCUGAGCCUACGUUACCACCUGUGGCCUCUCUUUUAAACCCAUCCAAGGAGCCUGUUUACUUGUCAACAGAACAGACCCCCUCCACAUCCAAAGCACUCUCCACAGCAGCAAAUGCCAUCUCUCAGGUAGUUCCUCCCAUCAACCUAAAUGAGGAGGAGGAUGAAGAUGAAAGGGAGGGAAGCCAGCUGGUUUCUGUGUCUGAAAUGAGUGGAACCACACAGCCGACAGAAGAGUCUCGUCCUGGGUCAGCUGGACUAGCAGGGGGGUCUCCUUGGCGAGCUGGUGGUGCCUUGCUGUCUGAGCUGGACUCUGAGGAUGUAAGUGGCAGCCAGCAGGGUGCAUCUGAAUUGAGUGCCCCCGGUGUCCUGGAGGGCACUGAGAGCAUGGAUGAUCUGGGAGAAUGCAGUCUCAAAGGAGCCAUAGAUAUGGAAGGAGCCUCAGCAGGUUCGCCUGACUUUGAGAAGGUGCCUGACAUACCAGUUAAUGACUUUGAUGAAGAUGACGAUGAUGAUGAUGAUGAUCGGGUGUGUGACAUGGAUGUGGGCUCAGAGCAGACGGAUGAACCGCAGAGACUCCGUCAUGACAAUGAUGUGGAUGAUGAGGAGGAUGAAGAUGUGGAGAUGGCUAGUGAGGGCGUGACAGAGAGUGGGCUGGAAAGCUAUGGAAAUGCAGAUGAGGAUGACUUUGCUGAAGACGAAAGGCGCCGCCGCCGCCGCCUCCCCCUCUGCUGCCCUCUGCCCCAGCUGCUCAGUGGGACCAACCAAACCCUUUUGCUGAUCCCUGGGCGGAACCUCUUGAGCCACAACAGGUUGGUGAGCAUGUUUCUCAGCCUGUACAGGUUGCAGGAGCAGCUACAUCAAGUCCUUUGA